AUAAGGCUAUCGAAAAACUUAGUUCAGUGUUCUUUGUACAUCCAAGUAUUUACGAAUCUUCUAUAGUGAUAAGGAGAUUGAUGAAUAUUCUUCAGUCAUUUGUAGAGAUCAAGAAAUUUAAUAAUUAUAAAGAAAAAUAUGGUUUUAGAAAACCUCAGAACUUUUCGAGUUGGACAUUUCUGUUGAAUCCUUUAAAAGUGAAUGCAUAUACUACUAUGUGUAUAAUAACAGCAUUGCCAUAUCACCAGCAAUUAUGCAAGGUAUUUAUGUCAAUCAGACAAGGCCUCAGUACAUGAACUACGGAUCACUUGGAUUUGUAAUUGGACAUGAAUUUAUUGGUUCUAUUGUCAAUCGGCCAGAAUUUGCAAGAGAUUUUCAAUGUGCAAUAGACACAAAAAUGAAUCCCAAAAAUAAAUGUUCUGUAUGUUAAAGAUUACAGAAGAAAAUUACAUUAAGUCCUCAAAUUUCAUCCAGCAAAGACUGAUGAAUAAAAAAAAAUUUCAUUUUCGUAAAAUAUUUUUGUUUUUUUAAAUAAUUUUUGCGAUCCCAUCAAAAUGUUCAACAAGGAGGAGGAAUAUAUUAAUAGGUACACUAGCUGGAGGAGGAGGAGAUUAUAUUUAAAAUGUGGAUUAACAAUUUUCUGUCUUGCAAUUUUCAUGACUGUGACCGAAGGACAUGUCACUGACAAUGAUUAUUGUCUAACAUCAGAAUGUAAUGAUACAGCAAUAAGAGUACUGAAGUACUUGGACAAAAGGAUUGAUCCAUGUGAAAAUUUUUAUAAAUUUGCUUGUGGAAAUUUUCCAUACUCUAUGGAUCAGUUUACAAUAAUUGAGAAUAAAGUUAAAAAAGAAAUGACGAGUAUUCUGGAGGAGGUAUAUACAUCUACUGAACCAAGAUAUGCAAAAUUAAUAAAAACUUUUUAUCAAACGUGUAUGCAAACAACUGAUAUAAAUAAAGAAAAUAUAGAGUUUAUAUCGAAUUUAUUGAAUACAAUCGGUGGAUGGCCUCUAUUAGAAGAAAAUUCUUCCAGUUAUGAAAAUUUCCAGUGGGAAAAAUUUGGCUCUGAAUUUGAAGACGGCGUAUUUUUGGAAAAUAGUUUUAUUGUUGCAGAUUGGCGGCAAGACGUAAAGAAUAAUUCAAACAAAGUCGUAGAUAUUGGACAACCUGAGAACUUUAACACGUCUUCAGAUUAUUUCAAUUUAAUAGUAGAGAUUGUAGAACUUUUCGGAGCUGAUAAAUUUAAAAUUGAGGAGGACAUAAAACAAAUUGUGAACAUAGAAAAAAUGCUUUUUAAUAUUUCCGUGCCUGAAGAAGAAAGAACUUUUAAAUUGAAUCCUAUUAGAAUGACUGUUAAAGAACUAAUUGGAAAUUAUUCUAAUAUUUUGUGGAAGGAAUACUUAAAUACAUAUUUAAAGCCAUUUCAUACAAUUAAAGAUGAUGAUAUUAUAUUGAUUAACGAUGACAAUUAUUUUAAAGAGUUUAACAACCUUAUUAAACAUUUUUCAAAAAGAGACCAGGCUAACUAUCUUAUUUGGAAAGUAGUUGAAGGUUUCCUCAAUAAUUAUGUUGGUUCUAUUCAAAAUAAAAAAGAAAAAUCAGAAAAGUGUUACGAUUAUGUAAAUGAUAUAUUCGACAAUAGUUUUGGUAUGUUGUAUAUAAGAAAACUCUUCAAUGCAAACUCCGUCGCCAGUGUUACCGAUGAAAUGAUUCCAAAUAUUUUUCAACAGUUUAAUAAAGUUCUACAAAAAGCUGAUUGGAUGGACUUAAAGACGAAAUCUAAGGCGUUGGAAAAACUUAGAUCAAUGUUCAUUGUAAAUCCAAGUAUAUUCGAGUCUUAUAGUGAUAAUGAGAUUGAUGAAUACUACACGAAUUUGGAAAUAAUUCCGGGAGAUUUUCUUGAAUCAUUUGUAAAAAUUAAGAAAUAUGAUAAAUAUCAAGAAAAAUGUGAGUUCAGAAAACCUAUCAACUAUUCCAGUUGGACACAACAUUUGAAUCCUGCAAUAGUGAAUGCAAUGAACUAUAUCUUUAAUAAUAGCCUAAUCUUAUCGCCAGCUAUUUUUCAAGGAAUUUUCUUCAAUGAAAACAGACCUCAGUACAUGAACUAUGGAUCUCUGGGGUAUGUAAUUGGACAUGAAUUGACUCAUGCUUUUGACAUCCUAGGUAGAAAAUAUGAUAAAGUAGGAAAUCUGGUUAAUUGGUGGGAGCCAGAAAGUGAAAAAGAAUUUCUUUCAAAAAUAGAAUGUCUGAUACAUCAAUAUGGAAACUAUACAGAUGUUAACCGAAAUGUUAAAGGUGAGAGGACACAAGAUGAAAAUUUUGCAGACAAUGGAGGAGUUGAAGUUGCAUAUUUAGCUUAUGAAGAGUAUAUGAGAACUCAUUCUUCCGACUUACUGUUACCUGGUGUAAAUUUUACGCAACGUCAACUUUUUUGGAUUAGUUUUGCUCAAACAUAUUGCGAGAAAAUUACUCAGGAAGAAAUGAAUAGUAUGAUUAUGUAUGAUAAUCAUAGUCCUUAUGAAUUUAGAGUAAUUGGUUCUCUAACCAAUCGGCCAGAAUUUGCAAGAGAUUUUCAAUGUGUAUUAGGCACAAAAAUGAAUCCUGAAAAUAAAUGCUCUUUGUGGUUUAACGAAAAAUCAAGGAUUCAUUAAAACUUACGACAGCGAUGCUGAUAGAUUUAAGGAUUACCUAAAUGAAACAUAUAAUCAAGCUAAUCAUGGAUAUAAAAAACUAAACAAAUUUGCAAAAAAAAAUAAAGAUAAUUAUUCUUUGGAAAAUUAUGCUUCAUUUGGUCAGG